AUGGGAGUGGCUCAUUCAGAGCAUACAACCUAUGCUGGCUGUUGGGAUGGUACUGUUCGUCAAUUUGACUACGAAAAUACUCGAAUGACUAGUCCAAUUGUGACUACACAGGUCCGUGAUACCUCCAGUCUGAUUACCCACAUCCAGUUUGCUGACACAAACUUGAUGAUUUUUACGACUAUUGAUGGUCUAAUCUAUUACUACGACCCUCGAUUAAGAAGAAUUGUCGAUAAACAUGAUUGCUCCUCAAAACUAUUCGCGAUGGACUCUCUGCCCCAGAUUCUCACGGUCGGAUUAGCUGACAACCAAGUUCAAUUAUAUGAUCUUCGGAAGCGUGAAAGCCCGUGGCAAUGCCGUACGAGUGGACUCAAAUAUCAAAUGACAAGUAUUCGUCAAUUCCCCUCCGAAGCAGGAUACGCUGUGUCAGGCAUCGAUGGCAGAGUAUGCAUAGACUAUAACGAUCUUCUGGAAGAGGCCCAACUGCUAAAAUAUGCCUUCAAGUGCCACAGAGAGAAAGACAAGGAGUCGCAUACGGACACUGUGUAUCCCGUCACUAAUCUAAGGUUCCAUAAACAAUACAACUCGUUAUUCACUACUGGCGGUGACGGACAUAUCUGCGUGUGGGACUGGGUCAGAAGAAGAAGAAUGAGACAAUUCCCCAAAAUAGCUGAGAAUUUAGCGAUCUCACACUUUGACAUAAGUUAUGAUGGAUCAUUGAUGGCCGUUGGCCUCAGUGAUGAUGCAUAUUUGAGGCUUUCUGACACGGACGCUCCCUUCAUUCCAAAAUCAGGCAAAGUAUUUUUCAAACGAAUCGAAGCUAUGGAGUGCAGGCCUAAAGAAUCAAAUAGUCAAGUGGCCUCUUAG